AUGAGCUCGCCUUCGAUGUCAGUCAAGAGUAGCAUCGCUCAGCUGCUUGCUGGGUUUAGCCUCCGAAUGGAUGUCUCGUCAACAGUGGCUACCUGGCUCUCUCUCGCCGUUACGGUGGUAGGGCUGGGCUCCAUUGUCACCCAAUUCGGAACGAUCAUCGAUCAGACUGACCCCUUCCACACCCUGCGAGAUGUACAACACCUGGGCCGCUGGCGGUUCUGGCAGCCACAUGUACCAUGGUAUAGAGUCGUGAAGCCCCCUCUUGUCGGGCCUGUAAUCAACGCCAAUCUGCCAUGCGGGCUCUGUGGCAGAAAGACCGUUCAUGUCAGUCGGCGGCCACUCGCGCAGCCAACAGGUAAGGCUGCAUGGUCUAUCCUGCUCAACGUCAUUCAUCCAUCUUCUACCACCCUGGAACAGCCCUCCCAGACCGGCUCGUUAGUCUCUACCAAAAGCCCCGUCAAGACUGAGCACGUCGUGACCAUCUCGGGAGAACCGCCAGUCCAGCUGCCAACCUGGGAUAGCCUCCCUCGAGGCCCUCUCACCAAGCACAAGCUAACCGCUUGCACGGUCAUCUCUCGCGCAACCCUCAUGGCUCUAUUCACCGUAACCAACGCUCGACCAGUGUUUCGACACAGCGGCGCAUCUGGCCAUCGAGCCGCAUACGCCUCCUACUGCGGACAAUGGUACGUCGAAUGGCCCAUUGGCGACGCCGCACACGUCCACUUCGCGGCACACGAUUCGCACACUCUGAACAAAGACGUCUACCCUCCAACCUUUGAAGUCCGUGUCGACCGCUGUCUGCGCAUGCUAGCCGGUGUCAUCGAAAGCCCCGCGUCCUCUCCACCAUUCAAAUGCGCCUUCCCCGGCCGCAAAGCAUCAGGCAGGUGGGUUCUCGAACACAUCGUGCGAGGCUUUGGCGGCGCCCACGGCAGCAGACACCUCUACAACAUGAUUGGAGGCAACGUCAAUGAAGUCGAUCUUCUAUUAAUGAAGCCAGUCACCGAGGACAAUGCCUACGACCUAUCUUCAGAGCUACAUUCCAGUUUCACCACUCUAUCCCUCCCCAGUACCGAAUCCAACCCCCGCCACCAAUCCACUACCACCACUACCACCCACUCCGUAACCCUACACAUCCCACCCCACGAAGCCACCAUUCUCAACACCUGCCUCGACUACCUCCCAUGGUCCUCCCUCUCAUGGUCUAUCCACCGCGGCCUCCGCGACAUCCUCCUCGCCUUCGCCAAACCUCGCAUGAACCACUACCGCGCCCAACUCGCCCAUACCCUCCGCACCACCGUCUCCACGCACGCAGACUAUCUCAUCGCUCGCGGCUGGGACGCCCAGUUCGUCCACAACGGCAGCAUGGCCGACUUAGCCGCGGGUGCCGUGUUAGCCGGGAGCGGCAAUUCCGGGGACGCAGUGCGCAUCGUCACGGAUAUAGCGGCAGUGUGGUAUGAGGGGCGGAGAAGAAGAAGGACUGGUGAUGGGUUAGAUAGUAUAGUAUCAUUCGAUGAGACCAUGUUCUGGAGAGUUCCUCACCAGCAAGUGGAAGAAGCAGAAGAAGAAGUAGGUGGAGAGAGGGGAGAGUUAAGUUCCAUGGCUGUUGUGGCGCUAGUCAAGUUCUUUGUUCUGGAAUGGAGUGUGGAGUUGGAUUAUCAGAUGUAUCAUGAUUUGCCGUUGGAGUUGUACUUGGGAUGA